UGUCUUAGGCUCGGGGCUCGCGGGCUGAGCCGCUUCUCUCUCCCCGCCCCUCGCAGCGCCUCUUUCUCUCCGCAGCACCUCAGCCGGCGGCGGCGCCCGGAGCAGCAGCGAGCGCGGGAGCAGGCGGCCUGGAGGAUGAAGUGCAAGCCCAACCAGACGCGGACCUACGACCCGGAGGGUUUCAAGAAGCGGGCGGCGUGCCUGUGCUUCCGGAGCGAGCUCGAGGACGAGGUGCUGCUCGUGAGUAGCAGCCGGUACCCCGACCGCUGGAUCGUGCCGGGCGGGGGCAUGGAGCCCGAGGAGGAGCCGAGCGGCGCGGCCGUCCGAGAGGUGUACGAGGAGGCGGGAGUCAAGGGGAAGUUAGGCCGGCUCCUGGGCGUCUUCGAGCAGAACCAGGGUCCCAAGCACAGGACCUACGUGUAUGUCCUGACUGUCACUGAGGUUCUGGAGGAUUGGGAAGAUUCGGUGAGCAUUGGGAGGAAGCGAGAGUGGUUCAAAAUCGAAGAUGCCAUCAAGGUCCUCCAGUGCCACAAGCCCGUGCACGCCGAAUACCUGGAGAAACUAAAGCUGGGCGGUUCCCCCACCAAUGGAAACUCCGUGCCCGGGAGCGACCCCUAAUUUACUUUGAAAGAAUCAAGUAUGUAUACCCAGUGAUGAAUGGAAUUGUGAAGCACAACUCAUACUAUCAAGAACGCAGCUCAUCCUAUGCUUUUGGACACUUCUCCCCUGUUUAUUACAAUGACAAUUUUCCAAGCUGUUGCACUACCACUGUAUCUGUACAGAUUUCUAAUUUGGCACUUAUGGCCUUUUCUGUGCUUUUAUGAUUGUGUCUGUAUUUCCCACCAGUUUAAAUGGCCUUGAGUGCAAGGGCCUUAUUUCCUUAGUCUUUUUAUAUAUCUAGCAUACAAGAUAUCACUUGAAAUGUAGACAUCACUGAAGAUUUGUCUAAAUAAUAUUUUAUAAUGACACUGAGUGGUAAAGCUUUCACCUUCUAAUUGGGUGUUAGUACAAUAAAUGCUCUCUCUAACACACAUGUGGCUUUUGUACAUCAGGUGUCAAGUGUUUCAAGGCAUCUGUGAGAUAUCAGAAAGCAAAAAUUCUGUGAUAUUAUGUGCCUCCUGAUGGUAUUAUAUACUAUACCACCUAUCAAAUAUAUUUGCCAAUAUUUUAGACUUAAAUCUAACUGUGCCUCUAGCUAUAAAUCCUAAUCUAUAGAAAAUACAGGGAACAGAGAAACAUACACCAGAGAGAUGAUAUCAGCAGAAUCCAGACUGUAGAAAAUUCUACAGGACAGGUGACCCAGUUUCUUCAGUAAAUGAAUGGCCUGGAUGAAAGAAAUGGGAGGAUGAACCUAUAGAUUAAAAGAGACUUAAGAGACAUAUGAACCAAUUGUAACAUGGAUCUUUUUUGGACCCUGAUUUGACCAAACUAAAAUACAUUUAUAAGGCAACCUGGAUAAUUUGAAAAUUGACUUGAUAUUUGAUAUUAGUUAGGAUAAUGGUGUUGUGGUUAUGUUGAAAACAAAAGAGUUGUUAUCUUUUAAAGACAUAUUCUCAAACAUUUACAGUUGAAAUGAUGUCUGGAAUUUGCUUCAAAAUAAUAAGACUGGAUGUUAAAUGUGUUGGGAGAUAUUGAUGAAAUAAGAUUGGCCUGACUUGAUAAUGGUUGAAGCUGGGUGAUGGCUAAAUGAUGGUUCAUUAUAUGUUUCUCUCUACUUUUGUGUGUUUGACAUUUUCCAUAAUAAAAAACUAAUUUAAAAA